AGAAAUGAAAACAGCUUCUCCCGCUAGGACAGCGGAGAGAGCCAGGUCAUGGAACCCAUUUACGAUGUCCUCUACUAGCAACACAAUGAUGGCCCUAGAUGACUGUUUCCUCCGUAUUAUAAUGCCAGAAGAUAGUAAGUCAGAAAGCUACACAAGAAGCAGAGGCAGUAAUGAAUCUCCUAGGACCAGUAAGAGCACCAGAAGCAGCAGUAGUAGCAGAAUCAAUGAUUAUAGUAGGUGCAGUAGAGAAUGUGAAAGUGAAAGUUCUCAUGUUAACUAUUCUGAUGAUUUUCUCACUGACUAUUCUGAAUCAGCUGGCAACAGCAAUUAUUUAGAACUGUCAGGAACCAAAGAGAAGAAACUACAGAAGAAGAAAAAUAGGAAAAAUGGUCAGCCAAAAGGAGGCAAGAAGUUGCCACCUAAGAAGAUGCGAUUUCAGAAUAUUUCAUUUUUAAGUACUCAGAAUAAUAUGAUUUCCCAGAAAAAAGAUGCUACGGCUCAACGUAUAUUAUCUGCAAGACUUCACAAAAUUAAAGAGCUGAAAAAUGAACUGUCUGACCUCCAGCAUAAACUAGAAGCAUCAAACUUAGAAAACCAGCUUCUGAAACAGCUUCAGUAUCGGCACUUGAAAGCAAUAGGUAAAUAUGAAAAUGCGGAGAAUAACUUGCCUGAUCUUAUAGCAAAACAUUAUAGUGAGGUAAGAUCUCUAAGGGGACUCCUUAGGAAGUCUCAGGAACAGGAACGAAAUACAUCCAGGAAGCUUAGAGAUGUUGAAGCAGAGCUGUUAAAGACUAAAGAUGCCUUGCAAGUAUUGCAGAAACUUUCAGAAGACACGAAUCUUGCAGAGAGAGGGGAACUUACACAUAGAUUAUCAAUCCUUACAGAAAAAAUGGAAGCCAAUGAUAAGAGAAUACAGGGCUUAGAAAAACAACUGAAGUUGAACAGUAGCAUCUUUAGUCGUCAAUUGGCAGCUGAGAAUAGAAAGACUGUAGCAGCUCGGACAAUCACAAAGAACUUGCAAAUGGAAAUUAAGUCUCUUCAACAAAAAAUUAAGGAAAAGGAACGAGAAGUUGGUAUAAAAAAUAUCUAUGCAAAUCGAAUGCUUAAAAGUCUACAGGACAAAGCUGACCCAGUACCUCGCAAAAAAGGUGUUAGUUUAAGCAAAUCAGUACAAGUAAAUAAGCAGAAUUUUAAAUCAGCACAGGUUUCACAUCAUCAAAAUCAAGGAACAGUCAAGAGUGCAGCUCUAUGCCUAGAGGGAAAAAAAACAACUGAAGACAGAAAUCGAAAAGUAGAACCCUAUGAAGAUACAAAACAUAAGAUAGAAAUUGAACCAACCACGAAACCAUCAAAGCAAGAAACUUUUAAUAGAACAUGUAGAGAAUUUUUAAGUGAUGAAAUACAGCUCACGGAAGAAAAAACUCACUUUGAAUUUAUGGAAAGAAAGAAGAAAAAGAGAGAAGUGCAAGAAAGGAAAGCUGACUUACUGAAAGAAGAACUUGAGAAACUGAUGAAAGCAGGACAAACUCGACCUACAAAUGAUGUCCCAAUAAGGAAGAAUAAUCAGGAAAAAGUUGUAGCAGAAGAGAAUAAAAAGGAGGAAAGAAAAAGUAAACAACCAAGUGACAAAGGAGCAGCGGAUGAUAAAAGUGUAACUCCAACUCAGAAUAACAGAACACCCACUAGACUAAAAAAACAGUAUACAUUCACAGAAGCCACUGAAAACUUGCAUCAGGGGCUUCCUGCAUCAGGUCCAGUGUCCAACACAGGCAGCCUCCGCAAAAACAGACAAACAGGUCGGCACCAGAGUGAGACAGCUGAAUUGAAGGCAAGAAAUUCAUUUGGCAUAUAUGAGCCAUCAUUUGGUAAAGUUACCAAAACAAGGCAGAAAGAUGCAGAGGAUGGAAGCUAUGUUCGUACAACACUAAUAGAGAGGAAAAACUCUCUUAUGGAAGAACUCUUUGGACCAAGCUAUGUCUUAAACAACCAUUCAACCCCUAACACAAAAGGGCUUGAUAAAGAACAAACAAUUGUGGACAAUGAAAGGUUACAUAAUUAUACAAGUGAGAUUUCAAACACUGAUAGUGGUCUGCAAUGUGGAGAUUCUAAACUUACACUAGGAAAGUCUAAACUAACAACUUCAUCCUCAGACAUAAAAUAGUUUUAAUAUUCAAUUGAUGUACAAAGUUAAAUUGUUUAUCUUUAAUCUUAAA